AUGGAUGCACUCAAGGAGUGGUGGAAGCAGUUGUCUUUCAAGGAUGCCUAUAGCUGGACCGAUGAAGAGGAGGAGUUCGCUUCCCAUGGGAUGAGCUACCCGAAAGCUGAGAGGUUGCGUUUCCGAAAGAUUGUGGAGUUGAUUAAGACCGACAUCCGGGUUGCAACAGCUAUCGUCAAAGGUAAGCAGAAGAGCGUCGAAGCCAUCGGCCGUGAUCCUGAAGGUUGGGUGACGAUCAUGGAUGGCGAGGAGGAGCAUCUUCGAGAGCAAGAGGCGGAGGGAUAG